UUCCCCGUAGACCCCCCAACGCCCGAAGAUCCCUCAUCCCCCGUAGACCCACCAACGCCCGAAGACCCGCCAACGCCCGAAGACCCCCCAACGCCUGAAGAUCCCUCAUCCCCCGUAGACCCACCAACGCCCGAAGACCCACCAACGCCCGAAGAACCACCUACCCCCGAAGACCCCCCAACGCCCGAAGAUCCCUCAUCCCCCGUAGACCCACCAACGCCCGAAGACCCACCAACGCCCGAAGAUCCCUCAUCCCCCGUAGACCCCCCAACGCCCGAAGAUCCCUCAUCCCCCGUAGACCCACCAACGCCCGAAGACCCCCCAACGCCCGAAGAUCCCUCAUCCCCCGUAGACCCACCAACGCCCGAAGACCCACCAACGCCCGAAGACCCACCUACGCCCGAAGACCCACCAACACCCGAAGACCCACCAACGCCCGAAGACCCACCUACGCCCGAAGACCCCCCAACGCCCGAAGACCCACCAACGCCCGAAGACCCCCCGACGCCCGAAGACCCCUCAUCCCCUGUAGACCCACCAACACCCGAAGAUCCCUCAUCCCCCGUAGACCCACCAACGCCCGAAGACCCACCAGCGCCCGAAGACCCCCCAACGCCUGAAGAUCCCUCAUCCCCCGUAGACCCACCAACGCCCGAAGACCCCCCAACGCCCGAAGAUCCCUCAUCCCCCGUAGACCCCCCAACGCCCGAAGAUCCCUCAUCCCCCGUAGACCCCCCAACGCCUGAAGAUCCCUCAUCCCCCGUAGACCCACCAACGCCCGAAGACCCACCAACGCCCGAAGAACCCCCAACGCCCGAAGAUCCCUCAUCCCCCGUAGACCCCCCAACGCCCGAAGAUCCCUCAUCCCCCGUAGACCCCCCAACGCCCGAAGAUCCCUCAUCCCCCGUAGACCCACCAACGCCCGAAGACCCACCAACGCCUGAAGACCCCCCAACGCCCGAAGAUCCCUCAUCCCCCGUAGACCCACCAACGCCCGAAGACCCACCUACCCCCGAAGACCCCCCAACGCCCGAAGAUCCCUCAUCCCCCGUAGACCCACCAACACCCGAAGACCCACCAACGCCCGAAGACCCCCCAGCGCCCGAAGAUCCCUCAUCCCCCGUAGACCCCCCAACGCCCGAAGAUCCCUCAUCCCCCGUAGACCCACCAACGCCCGAAGACCCCCCAACGCCCGAAGAUCCCUCAUCCCCCAUAGACCCC